AUGGCGCUCAGAGGGGGUGCAAAGGCCGACGACCCUCUGAACUCAGCAGAAUUUGAGCCUUCUUUCCUCGAAGCGAUUGAGCCGGCCCUGAAAUACCUCGAUGCACGGCGGAUUAAAGUUGCGGUUAAUGCUGGUGCGAGCGAUACGAAGAAACUACACGAUGUCUUGGUCGAUGUGAUUGCAGAAAAAGGUCUGAAGCUGAAAGUCGCGUGGAUAGAGGGAGACGAAGUCAUAAAUGUUGUUCAGAAGGGGCUCAAGUCAGGGGACGGAUUCAGGAAUCUUACAACAGGCGAGAACAUCAAGGACUGGCCGUAUGAGCCCAUUUACGCGCAAGCUUACCUCGGAUGCUGGGGUAUCGUCGAAGCCUUCAAGCAGGGCGCUCACAUCGUCCUCUGUGGAAGAGUAGCAGAUGCUUCGCCUACCGUUGCAUGUGCCGCAUACCACCAUGGGUGGAAGAGGGACGACUUGUCACAGCUCGCGCAUGCGCUUGUGGCAGGUCACUUCAUCGAGUGUACCACUUAUGUGACAGGCGGCAACUUCUCUGGGUUCAAGACACUUCCUGGGACAUCUGUUGAUGUUGGAUUUCCGAUUGCGUUGGUCGAGGGAACUGGAGAGUUCACAGUCUAUAAGCAAGCAAAGAAAGGGGGCAUGGUUACACCUGAGACGUGUAAGGCCCAAUUGCUGUACGAAAUUCAGGGGCCUUAUUACUACAAUUCCGACGUCGUCGCCAUCCUUGACAACAUCAAGAUGGACAAGGUCGGAGAGAAUGAAGUGCGAGUGUUCAACGUUGGGCACAUUAAACCACCCCCGACCACAAAAGUCGGUAUCACUGCAAAGGGAGGAUUCCAAGCUGAAGCACACUACUUUCUCUGCGGACUUGACAUACCCGAGAAGGCUGCUUUGUUUGAACGCCAACUCAGACACGUCUUUGACGAGUCGAAGUUUUCCUGCCUCAAAUUCCGGACAAACGGGUCAUGCCCGGUCAAUCCUUCCAACCAAGAUGCAGCAACCGUCGACCUGCGCAUCUUUGCCCAAGCCCGCGACGAAGACACCCUUUCACCAUUGAAGUUCCUCAAGCCAAUGGUCGACAACAUCAUGCAAAGCUACCCAGGUGCAACAUUCCACAUGGACACGCGACAAGCCUUCCCCAGAGAAUAUUACGAAUACUGGGUCAGCAUCAUACCCCAAAGUGCCGCUAAGCACGUGUGCCAUCUUCCGUGGAAGAAUCAGCGAGUGAGCAUCGAUCCGCCGUCGGAUACGGUUGACUUUGUGUACAACCAACCGACGUAUGAGACUAAGGACCCGAUCAACGUGACCACCCUCGGGCCGACGACUCGAGCACCACUAGGAUAUGUUGUGCACGCGAGGUCAGGUGACAAAGGUUCAGACAGCAACGUUGGCUUUUUUAUGCGAAAUGCCGAUGAAUGGGAUUGGUUGAGAUCGAUAUUGACUGUCAGCAAAAUUCGAGAGUUGCUGGGUGAGGAUGACAUGGGAAAGCCCAUAUUCCGAUUCGAGCUUCCACACCUGCAUGCUGUGCACUUCCUAUUGAAGGAUCACCUAGAUAGAGGAGUGACAUCUAGCUCUUCCUACGACUUUCUGGGUAAGAACGUGGCUGAGUACUUACGCUGCAAACAUGUCGACAUUCCAAACAGGUUUCUGGACCGUGGCAGGAUUUAA